AUGCUGGCAGAAGCAAUCCCAGAUGCUCUGGAACAAGAGCAGGUUAGAGAAGUGAAGCUGGAGGAGGAUGAUGCGCCUCUCGAGGAGGACCCUAGGCUGGCAGAGGCCAGGCCUCGGCCCGAGGUGGCUCACCAGCUCUUCAGAUGCUUCCAGUACCAGGAAGAUAUGGGGCCGCGGGCAUCCCUGGGCCGGCUCCGGGAACUCUGCAACCACUGGCUGCGGCCGGCACUGCAUACCAAGAAGCAGAUUCUGGAGCUGCUAGUCCUGGAGCAGUUCCUCAGCGUCCUGCCCCCACAUGAUUUUAGCUUCAGUGCUGGCAAGAGUGCCUCUGCGGCCAUCAUCUCGGAGGAACAGCAUAGCCCUUCCCAGGUCCCUAUCCACAGCCCCAAAAGGGAGCUGCCCUCGGAAGAGACUCCAGCCGUGAAUCUGUUGAAUGAAGUACCCCUAUCUGAGCCAGUGCCCACCAGACCUGCUGAACCUGAGGAGUGGAGACUUGCCCCAAGUUCAAAUUGGCCAGUGAGCCCAGAGCCCCAGGGGAUGCUCCAGGAGCCGCAAGAAAGCCACCCCUCCCAGGGCCCCUCAUGGCUUGAGGUGAAUUCCAGAGACCAAGAGCUGGCAGCUGUGUUGGAGUCUCUUACCUUUGAUGAUACCUCAGAGAAGAAAGCUUGGCCUGAAAACCCUCUUGAAUUUAGGAGCAGAGUGCCUGACAAGGAGGAAGUUAAAGUUGAAGAGCCUAAAGCGACUAUUUGGCCUGUCAUCAUUUCAUCAGAGUCCCAGGCUGAGGGCCCUGGAGUCACAGAAGAGCCUCUUUCCCAGACACUGGGGCAGGAGGCAAGUGCUGUCGGGGAAGGGACCCCUGCUGGCAGCAGUGACGCUGCAGUGGAGGUGAGCGCAGCUGCAGAUGCCACAGAGUCCGAGACACAGUCGCAGUUUAUAUGCUCAGAGUGCGGAGUGAACUUCCCGCAGUCGUCCAGCCUACAGGCCCAUCAGCUACAGUCUCACUCGGGCUCUCGAUCUCAGCCAAGCUCUCGAUCUCAGUCAAGCUCUCGGUCCUUCAUGUGUCUGUGGUGCGGGAAGACUUUUGGGCGCAGCUCCAUCCUCAAGUUGCAUGUGCGAAUACACACCGAUGAGCGGCCACACGCCUGUCACCUCUGCAGCCACCGUUUCCGCCAGAGGUCUCAUCUGGCGAAGCACAUGCUAACACAUUCCUCCGAGCCUGCCUUCCGGUGUGCUGAGUGUGAUCAGGGCUUCCAGCGUCGCUCCAGCCUCAUACGGCACCUGCUGGCACAUUCCCACGAACAAAAUCCCAAGGCAGACCCAGAAGGCAAGAGAAAAGUGCCAGAGAAGGCAGUUGUUCUCUGUUCCCACUGCGGGCAGACCUUCCAAAGGCGCUCUAGCUUGAAGCGUCACCUGCGCAUCCAUGCAAAGGGCAAGGACCAUCAGUCCUCGGAAGACCCUGGCAGCCUUAGCUCUUGCCAGGAGAGCAAACCCUAUGUGUGCAGUGACUGUGGUAAGGCUUUCCGACGAAGCGAGCACCUGAUGACCCACAAGCGAGUCCACACUGGCGAACGACCUUUUUCCUGCCAUGCCUGUGCCCGCUGCUUCACCCAAAGCUCUCAGCUGAUCAGCCACCAGAAGGUGCACACAGGUGAGAAGCCUCACGUCUGUCCCCAGUGCAGCAAGCGCUUUGUGAGACGUGCGGGCCUUGCCCGCCAUCUGUUGACCCAUGGUGGCCUCCGGCCUUACCACUGUGGCCAGUGUGACAAAAGUUUCACCCAAAUGCGAGACCUGACCCGCCACCUGCGCUGCCACACAGGAGAGAAGCCCUGCCGAUGCAGCGAGUGUGGAGAGGGGUUCAGCCAGAGUGCCCACUUGGCACGCCACCAACGCAUCCACACGGGAGAGAAGCCCCACGCCUGUGACACCUGUGGUCACCGCUUCCGAAACAGCUCCAACUUGGCCCGCCACCGCCGCAGCCACACGGGUGAACGGCCCUACAGUUGCCCAACCUGCGGUCGCAGUUUCCGGCGCAAUGCGCACCUACAGCGCCACCUGGUCACACACACAGCGUCAAAGCAAGAGAUGGAAGACCCCCAGGAGUGCCCAGAGUGUGGCAAGAUCUUCAGUCGCAGCUGCAACUUGCUACGCCAUCUACUGGUCCACACAGGCGCAAGACCCUACUCCUGUGUGCUGUGUGGCCGUGGCUUUAGCCGCAAUUCGCACCUGCUGCGCCACCUGCGAACCCACGCCCGGGAGACGCUGUACUAGCCUCACCUGUGUUCCAGCAGCCUUGUUCUGUAUGCACCGCCUGCAUGAAUAAGAUUCCCUAUGACGUCCUCUUCACACAUACUUCCUCUUGGUUCCUCCACAUUUUUCGUCCCCACCUUUGACCUCUUUUCCCUGACCCCAGGAAUGUGUUUUCGGAUGCUUUAAGUAAA